AGGCGCCAUAUUUGAGCAAGGCACUGAUGAGGUGCAAUCAGCGUUUAAAUACGCAAUGCUCAAUCACAAUCUCAACGUAUCGUCACGCCGAUUCGAGCUGCAAGCGGACGUGGAUGUCAUCAACACAGCAGAUGCAUUUAAAUUGUCGCGCUUAAUAUGCAAUCAAUUUUCGCGUGGCGUUUAUUCUAUGCUGGGUGCCGUAUCACCGGAUUCAUUUGAUACAUUGCACUCGUACAGCAAUACAUUUCAUAUGCCAUUCGUGACACCAUGGUUUCCAUGGUAAGCCGGAAUUUCUGUACAUAACAUAGAAAAAUUACACACAUAUAUGUAUGAAAAAGAACGAAGAAUGUGAGAUGGCAAAAAGUGUGACAGCAGUGAGUGAAACUUCUAACUUUUUCAACACUUUCACAUAAAAUCGCACGCACACAGGCUUACUUGCAGAUAAAUAAUAAACAUGGAAUUUUUAUGCAAAUAUCGAUAGUCACGCGGUGCACUGGUGUUGUGCCAUUUUUCCAACGCACUUGACUU